AUGGAGAGCAGGGUUGGAGGAUUCGCUGAACGCGGCUGUGUAGACAGUUGCCGGAGCAACUGGAUAUGGUGCGGAAAACUGAGGCGAAAAGAGCUGUCGACUCGGCACGUGAUAGGUACAAGAACUAGUCCAAGUAACUUGGAACAAUGGACAAACUACAUUCAUGGGUGGCAGGAUCGUUGGGUAGUUUUGAAAAAUAAUACUCUGAGUUACUACAAAUCUGAAGAUGAGACAGAGUACGGCUGCAGAGGAUCCAUCUGUCUUAGCAAGGCUGUCAUCACACCUCAUGAUUUUGAUGAAUGUCGAUUUGAUAUUAGUGUAAAUGAUAGCGUUUGGUAUCUUCGUGCUCAGGAUCCAGAUCACAGACAACAAUGGAUAGAUGCCAUCGAACAGCACAAGACCGAAUCUGGAUAUGGAUCUGAAUCCAGCUUGCGUCGACAUGGCUCUAUGGUGUCACUGGUGUCUGGAGCAAGUGGCUAUUCUGCAACAUCCACCUCUUCAUUCAAGAAAGGUCACAGUUUACGUGAAAAACUGGCUGAAAUGGAAACCUUUAGAGAUAUCCUGUGUAGACAAGUUGAUACUUUACAGAAGUACUUUGAUGCCUGUGCUGAUGCUGUCUCCAAGGAUGAACUUCAAAGGGAUAAAGUGGUAGAAGAUGAUGAAGAUGACUUUCCUACAACACGUUCCGAUGGAGACUUCUUGCAUAAUACUAAUGGCAAUAAGGAAAAGUUAUUUCCACAUGUAACACCAAGAGGAAUUAAUGGUAUAGACUUUAAAGGGGAGGCGAUAACUUUUAAAGCAACUACUGCUGGAAUCCUUGCUACACUUUCUCAUUGUAUUGAACUGAUGGUAAAACGUGAGGACAGCUGGCAAAAAAGACUGGAUAAGGAAACUGAGAAGAGAAGAAGAAUAGAAGAAGCAUACAAAAAUGCCAUGACAGAACUCAAGAAAAAAUCCCACUUUGGAGGACCAGAUUAUGAGGAAGGUCCAAACAGUCUGAUUAAUGAAGAAGAGUUCUUUGAUGCUGUUGAAGCUGCUCUUGACAGACAAGAUAAAAUAGAAGAACAGUCACAGAGUGAAAAGGUCAGAUUACAUUGGCCUACAUCCAUGCCAUCUGGAGAUGCCUUUUCUUCUGUGGGGACUCAUAGGUUUGUCCAAAAGCCCUAUAGUCGCUCUUCCUCCAUGUCUUCCAUUGAUCUCGUCAGUGCCUCUGACGAUGUUCACAGAUUCAGCUCCCAGGUUGAAGAGAUGGUGCAAAACCACAUGACUUACUCAUUACAGGAUGUAGGUGGAGAUGCUAAUUGGCAGUUGGUUGUAGAAGAAGGAGAAAUGAAGGUAUAUAGAAGGGAAGUAGAAGAAAAUGGGAUUGUUUUGGAUCCUUUGAAAGCUACCCAUGCAGUGAAAGGCGUUACAGGACACGAAGUCUGCAAUUAUUUCUGGAAUGUUGAUGUUCGCAAUGAUUGGGAAACAACUAUAGAAAACUUUCAUGUGGUGGAAACAUUAGCUGAUAAUGCAAUCAUCAUUUAUCAAACGCACAAGAGGGUGUGGCCUGCUUCUCAGCGAGAUGUAUUAUAUCUCUCUGCCAUUAGAAAGAUACCAGCCUUGACUGAAAAUGACCCCGAAACUUGGAUAGUGUGUAAUUUUUCUGUGGAUCACGACAGUGCUCCACUAAACAAUCGAUGCGUCCGUGCCAAAAUAAAUAUUGCUAUGAUUUGUCAAACCUUGGUAAGCCCACCAGAGGGAAACCAGGAGAUCAGCAGGGACAACAUUCUAUGCAAGAUUACGUAUGUAGCUAAUGUGAACCCUGGAGGAUGGGCACCAGCCUCAGUGUUAAGGGCAGUGGCAAAGCGAGAGUAUCCAAAGUUUCUAAAACGCUUUACUUCUUAUGUCCAAGAAAAAACUGCAGGAAAACCUAUUUUGUUCUAG